UUGCCGCCACAGCUUUUUAGAGGAAAACAAGUGAGAGGUCCAAACCAUAAUGUAAACAAUUUUGGGGGUAAAAAAACUAGUUUGCCAACGGUGCCGGUAAACAAAUGACGCACUAGUGAUUCAGAAAAAUCUAGAAAUGGGUAGAAAAUAUGGAACGAUGCAUUCAUUUUGAUGUGUUAAAAGGCGUCUUGUAAAAAUUGUAUGGUAUCUGUAAUCUUGGGAGAUUAAAAUGUAUUGUAAAAUGAUAUUGUAGUGAAACGCUAUUAAGUUCUUAAGUUUUUAGCGAUAUUAUGAGCAUUGAAAAUAAUGUUUGUUAUUAUUACCGACUAAAUAUUGUGUUUAAUCCAAGUUGGUAAUAAAAAUUUAAGUUGGAAUGAGUUAUAAUAAACCUCUAAUAUCUUAUGUAAGAAAACUUUUUUGCCAUGAGCUUGGCUUCUGUGUUUUUAUACCCGUUACUUGUAGAAUUAAGUAAAUACAUAUGUGCUUGAUCAGGAUCACUAGGCGAGUCGAUCUGGCCAUGUCCGUAUGUCUGUACGUCUAUUUGAACGUCGGGAUAUUGGAAACUACAAAAGCUAGAGUGUUAAGAUUUAAAAUGAUGAUUUUGGCGAUGCCACUCUAACAAUGACUUAAAAGUAAUGUCUUAAAUGGAAGUUACUACAUAUAUUCUGUGGGUCAUCUUCUAAUACGGAACAGCGUUUCGAUGAUGAUUUUGUGGACAGCACAUAUGAUCAUGUUGGAUUAUAAUUUCAGUUUAAAUUCCUAAAUUUGUUUGAUCAUGUGACUUCUCUUACAGCCAAUUGCGGGAUGUCACCGGUCUGUAAAUACCCCAUUGUUGUUGCAAUAUAUGUAUCUUGAUAGUAGAAAUAGAUUUCUUUCUAAGCCCAUAAUGAAAGUCGCACGCUCGCCACGAUCUAUAGAUAAAUAUGUAUGUAAGCUUUUCCUAGAUCGUGAGUUACGCCUGGCACACGACAGAUUAUGGACCUCGAUGGAGGUCCCCCCACAAAGUAUACACAGAUCCACAAGCAGAGACCCAGAGUAAAUGCGACCAAUUACGACUUCCUAAAUUCCUCAGCCCGAGAUUCGAUCUUCUGAGAAGAGAAUCAUAUUGCACACUUUCACCGCGAAAAAAAACGAAUUUGUGGCAAACAACAAAGUCAGGGAUUAUGCAUAAAUGAAUGGAGAUGGAUCGGUGUCCGUAUAGGAGUACUGGAUACAUGGGGAUGGAUGGUGCUAAUUGCUGCGGCACUCGGCGGCGGAUGAACCGUUAAAUCGAAACUGGAGCACUGGCCCAAUAACGAUGAUGCACGCGGCCCACGGAUUAGCACCUUUCAACGAGCUACUACGGAUAGAUGUUCUAGAUACCCAAAACCCGCCAUUAGCACCAUCGCAAGGCGGAGUUUUUCUGGAGCAGCACUUGGGACUCUUCGGUUAGUUGUCGAUUAAACUCCGAGCCAACUGGCCGUGCGGUUUGUGCUAGAAAAACGAGGAUUCGGAACAAGUGUAUUCAAGUGCCACGCGGAUAAUGUCAGCCUACGAGGAAAUGUCGGCGAAGACGCCACGGCGUCUUUCACCCAUGUGGUUUCUGGUACUCACCCUACUUCUAUUUGCCACCGCUCUGACGGCCGUGGCAAUGAUCGAAGCUGGACGGGCGCAGAGUAACUCCGGUGGAGAAAGCGAUCUCCUGAUUCUUACACGCAUGUGGAAUCACUUCAAAGACGGCGCCGGAAAUGAUACGGAAAUCGCCACCGUGGAACGCAUUGCCAGGGAGGCCGGAAAUGCAACUAAUCCCAAUCCAAAUAAACCGGAGCAGGGUAGAAACUUCUACGAGGAGCAGCAGGCGGUGGUGGUGAAUGCGCAGAGCAUGGAUCCCGUGAUGGGACAACGUCAGGAUGCCUACGGUCCACCCCAGAGCAGGGAGGACUCCUACGACCAGGAUCCUUACUACGACGUUGCCGAUGACUACGGGCCGGGACGCUAUCCGUAUCCCGAGUCCAGACAGGACUCGGCGGAGGAGGAACACUUUUAUGAUAAGGACGACUCCUCGGCGACUCCAGAUGAGGGCAGGGCGUCGCAGGCACGUCCCUACGACUCAUUCUACGCCCCCUGGUCACAGGGACAGAAGCCAGCUCCAGUAGCUACUCAUCCUGCAGCUGAAGGCAAUAAUAGGAAGCUCCAGGCAGGUCCUAAUAGAUCCCCUUAUCCCGCCUACGAUGAGGUGUACGAUUAUCCCAUGGGCUUCCAGCCGCGACCUCAUCCGGAGACUGAGUUGGCCAAGCAAUCUCAACCCGCCCCCGAUAAUGCAGUGGUCCAAGUACAGAGCGAGUCCACCCUGGUCACCGUGCUGAAGAGUCUCAAACAGAUCUGGGAUCUGUACCAGGCUUUAAUGGGUGCCUGGAACGCGGUGAGCGAACGCCACCAGCAGAGCACCGAGAAGUUCCGCCAGGAGCAGGCGGCGAAGCAGGCCGAGAAGGAUCGGCUGCGCCAGCAACAGCAGAAAACCAGGAUUAACUCCAAGAAGCCUCCACGUAUGGAGGGAAACAAAAAGAACCAGAACAAGAAGCCAACCACAACGACAACCAAGUCAACAACCACGUCCACGACGACAGCUGCUCCAGAUAGCUCUGAGGAGGAGGAGGAGGAGGAAGAGAAGGAGAAGCAGCCACCGAAGAAGAUGGAGAAAGUUGAGACUGUAACGCCAUCGGCUCCAUCCACUAAAGUGGCCGCUCUCAAAGGGGAGAAGGGCAACCUGAGAUCUGUGCGCGGACUUCGACAUAGACGCGAUGCCGAGGCGGAGGAGAAAGCUGAUACGGAUGUGGGCGAGGGUCGCUAUAUCAAGGGCGAUCCCCUCAAGGGUUACUACGAUUUCGUCAUCACAGAGGGAUCCUACAAGUUCUGGGCCGUCUUUCAGGUGGGCACUGCACUGCUGAUUAUCUACUCGACGUUCGCCGCCAUUUACUACUCCAAGGUGAAUCCGCUGACCAGUGACUACGACUACACGGACUAUCUGGGAGGUGUUCGUUCUCUGUCCGGCGGCGAUGCCGAUUUUGUGGACGAUGGCGAUUCAUCGACGCCGCCAGUCUCGACCACCUCCCGCAUCAUGGAGUGGCUGCCACAGACGGCGCACUCCAUUAAGUUCAUCCUAGAUGCCAUCGACAAGGUGCCACUGGAUCAAGACCAGGACAAGGAGCCGGGCUGGUCCGCGGGGAAAACGGAAGCGGCGAGGGGCAUGAGAUAGGGAACUGAAUUCUAUAGGCGAUAUUUGUUAAAGAAAAUAUAAAAA